UUGUUCAUCAUUGUUAUAUCUAUCAAAACAUGUUUGCGAUAUUUUAUAUAUUAAGUUCUCGAUACUGAAAUGUUUCAAUAAGGUGAAAGGGCACUUGUGUUCAUGUUCAAAUAAACCACGUGAUAAGACCACAAGGACAAGGAAGAAAUGAUUGUGAAUGCGCCUUUUGAACGUAUAUAAGAUUAAGGUGGCCAUGGACCCCCGCAUUAGUGCCCAGGAUGUUUUACGGUGUCGUCUUUGUAAGACUCCUAUCCCCCCUUUAUACUGUGACAUUUGUCACAUACAUCUAUGUAAAACCUGUGCAGGGGAACAUAUCUUAGAUGAGUCCUCGGAACACAAAGUGGUCGUUUUUAAAAAGCGUGGAUUAGCUCCUAGUUGUUCUAAACAUUCUAAAAAGUUAUGUGAACUUCACUGCGAACAAUGUGACAUUCCUAUUUGUUUGCAGUGUAUUUCAUUUGGAGAACAUCACGGGCACGAACUAGUUGAAAUUUCAAAACUUCUAGAGAACAAGAAAAAGAAAUUAGACAGAGACUUGCAAGAAUUAGAAAAUUCCAUAUUUCCUAAAUACCAAGAGAUUGCAUCUAGCAUCCCAGUUCAGACAAAUGAUCUUAACAAAAACUCCCAGAAAUUGGCAUCAGCUAUUAGCAAACGUGAAGAAGACAUGCACAAAGAAAUAGACAUUGCAAUGCAGAAACUAAUUUUUGAAGUGAAUGAAAUGGAAUCCAAACACUUGGUUGUCCUAGAAGAACAGGAAGAUGAAAUCAAACGCAGUAUUUCUGAAAUCACUCAGAUUAUUGCUGAUCUAAAAGAAUUACUGAACUCGAAUAAUAUCUGCCUUAUCUCUGACUACAAAUCCAGGAUUGCUGAAUUCAGAAGACUGCCUCCUAAAAUCACAGUAACUUUGCCAAGUUUGACGCCUCAUAAGAUUGAUAAUGAACAGCUUCAGCAACGGUUUGGAUCUCUGACAGGAUUAUCUUUUACAACAGAAGAACGUUACCUACCAGAUUCUUCCGAUGAUGAAUCUUCUCUCCCGGACAAGCAACUAAUUGACAAACCACUUAUCAUCACAAUUAUAAACACCGAAUAUAGAGACCUCUAUAGAUUAUGCAGUGUCGCAUGUCAGAAUGAUGACGAAGUAUGGACGCGUGGUCAAGACAAUGUCAUAAGACUUUACAAUACCACAGGGAACAUGCUUCAGUCUAUCAAAACCAAGUCCGGACAUAAGCCAUGGGACAUUUCAUUGACAAAGAGGGGUGAACUAGUUUAUACUGCUUACAGUGAUAACUCUGUGAACAAAGUGAAGAAUACAGAAAUACAGACAGUGAUCAAACUAUGGGAAUGGAGACCGCGAAGUGUUUGUAGUGCUUCCUCUGGUGACUUUCUUGUCAUUUGUGUUAGUGAUGAUGAGAAACAAACUAAAGUUGUACGUUAUUCUGAUACCAAAGAAGUACAAAGUAUUCAAUUUAAUGACAAAGGUCUACCUCUUUAUUCAUCCAACUUUCUGCCUAAAUAUAUUUGUGAGAACAAGAACUUGGAUAUUUGUGUAGCUGACAAUGAAGCUCGUGCAGUAGUGGUGGUCAGUCAGGCAGGAAAAUUCCGCUUUAUUUAUAAUGGCUCUCAUAUGAACACCAGAGACCCGUUUAAACCAGUCGGCAUCACUACAGACAGCCAGAGUCGAAUCCUGACAGCAGACUAUAACAACGACCGUAUCCACAUCCUGGACAAGGACGGACAAUUCCUCUGCUAUAUUGACAACUGUGACCUACAAGGUCCACUGGGUUUAUGCGUGAACAACAGAGACAACCUUUUUGUUGCCGAGUAUAAAACAGGCAAAGUUAAGAAAAUACAAUAUGUUAUAUGAAACAAAACAAAAUGAUUUUGUUUUAAACAUUAACAUUAUGUAUCUGCCUGAAUUGUUUUCAAAUCAAAACGAAUUUAUGUUAACAAUAUACUAGUUAUUUACAAAAGAUAUUCGUUUACACCAGGAUCAGUUGUAAAUGUACAUAUGUUUUCUGAGCUUCUGCAAAGAUGUGGUUACUAGUAAAAGAAGGCAGUUUAUU